AUGGUGUCAACCACAAUCACUUUCAAACAGGACAACCUCCAACCGCCCGUGUACGUCGCCGGCGCGUUCACGGGCUGGUCGCCGAUCGAGAUGAGCUUCGAAACGACCGAAUCAGACGGCUCUCCCCAAAACGUCUUCUCGUACAAGGCUGACCUCGAGCCCGGCGAAUACCAAUACAAAUUCAGACUGGGUCCAGGUGAUUGGUGGGUCCUGGAUGAAUCGAGCCCAAUAGCAAACGACGACCAAGGAAACGUUAACAAUGUCGUUUCCGUCGAGGCACAAGUUCCGAGACCCAUUGAACACAUCUCCAAGCCCAUCGCCACAAUUCUCAACACAAAGGACGCUCACAUUAUCGAAGAUGAGCAUGAUCGUCAGCACGAGAACAGCCUCGCAUCCGCGCCCGAAGCUGUUGAGAAUUCGAAAGAGUCUCAAAAUUCGAAAGACCAGGUUCCGACCUGCGGAGAAGAUGCCGGAGCCAUCGAUGCGAAGCAGGCCCACGACGUUGAUCACGGCGUGAGGAAAGAUUCCAUCCCAGAUUUCGCUCCACCGCCAUACUCGAUCGCUACAAAUGGGACCGUAUCGCCGCCUCCUGUCGUCCCUAACGAGAAACAACCUGUCAGGCCAGCCCCUAGUGGUAAGGAAUCAUCCAUUUCGAGUUUCUUCAAUACGAGGUAA